AUGGACGCGAAACCGUCGGACCCCCCAAAGCAUCCAGCUCCCCAAACUCACUCACUUGAACUCUACAGUGGCGUAUCCACUGGCAAUCUCACCAAGGAAAGUAUCGAAGCCACCCAAGACGACAAGUCGAUUAGCAAGACACUCGUACCUUUUGAGACGCUCUACAUCCAGCCUACAGGAAAACGGCAUCCAAUUGUCAACGCCUCACCACCAUCGCCCGCCACCCAAACGAACGCCUACUCGAGCUAA